UGGCUAUACAAGGGUGUCUUUACCUGUCCCACAGAGCUGGCCACAGGAAAAAAUACCCACAAAUAUGUUGACUAUGCCAUGCACUGCAUGAGGCUCCUGCAAUACCACAAUAUUCAACCCUACAUCAUCUUUGACGGCGGUCCACUUCCAGCCAAGAAGAACACUGAACCUAAUCGAAAGUGGAGACGUGAGGAGAACCUUUCUCAUUUGAAUGCCCUCGCAUUACAGGGGAAGCACCGUGAGGCUCGAGAGUGCUAUGUCAAUUGUGUGGACGUUACACUGCAGAUGGCGUACCAAUUCAUCAAGGCAUGUUUCUUUUCCUCCAUAAAUCGUCACCAGCUCAUUUUUCCGUGCCUGCAUCUCCUCCCCGCUGACUCGCACUAA